UCGAUGUCGUGCGUCCGUUUGAACUUUCACGCGAACCGCUCGUCGCGAUCGAAGCUUUGUCUUUCCCGCCGACGUCUUUCUCAAGGGACGGAACGAGGCGUGUCUCGUGCGACGUCGCUGUGCGGGCUUUCAUAAACACCGACCCAGUGGAGUAAUGCUUCCCUCCCUUUGAUCGUUGGAGUAACCUUGGCGCCAUCGAUCUCGACCCGACAUGCGCUGGCGGUCGCACUUACAUGAUCACGACACACAUUGCUGCUUCUCCGGAAAGUACAGCCGCAAGCUAUUCGUUUCCGUACUGCGUUGUGAUCACUGCUGUUCACUGCGUGUUGGAUUCUCAACUGGAUUCUCCGAACCGAACCGCCCAGAAUGCACGCAAAGAAGAUGUUGGUGUUCAUCGUUCUCGGCGUAGGAGGAGCGGUCCUUAUGUGUCUAGCGUACACGUCACAGGGUCACCUCUUCUGGAUACAGUCCUUCGUCGACGGGUCGUUUUCCGCGCCGCGGGAGUAUUAUGUCCUGAAGACGAGCGGGUGUAAAAUUCCGAACUUCGACCCCAUGGACAAAACAGUGGAAGGCCUGUACCGGUACCGCUCCUUCUACACCUGCAGUGGCAGGCCCUCGUUCAUCGUGCAGAAAGACAGCACACUCCUCGUGGAUGCCAAGACACUGAAGAAGUACUACCACAUGAAACCAAAGAACGUCAUCUGUUUCUACAAACCCAUCUUUCGGGACGAAAAACAGGACGUCCCCGAUGAAAAAAUAGUGUUUGGUGCGCGUACCCGUGUACGUUUUGGUCUGCCAUUAAGUGCCGAGUACAUAGUACUGGAGUGCAUCCACAAGGGACAAAAGUUCCACGAAGAAAUCCUCCUUGUUCCGAUUCUGAAAUCGGAAGUGGAAGAUCGUUGCGAGAGAGCGGCCGAGAACCUCGAUCCGAGCGUUGAAAGGCUCAACGUGGUAUUCUUAGGCCUGGACUCCGUCUCUCGCCUUAAUUCGCUUCGCCAUUUAAAAGAGACGAGAAGGUACCUGGAAGAGAACUUUGAUCCCAUCGAGCUCCUGGGCUACAACAAACUGGGUGAUAACUCCUUUCCUAACCAAGUGCCUUUGCUGACUGGACGCUUAGAUAAAGAAGUUAUGGCUUCAAGCCCUGAUAGGUUUUUCGAUAAUCAGAGCUUUGUUUGGAAAACGUACGCGGACUUAGGCUAUCGGACGCUCUUCAUGGAAGAGAGCCCUCGAUACGGGCUAUUUAACUAUCUUAACAAGGGCUUUCGUAAAAUUCCCACAGACUAUUACACUCGGCCCGCAAUACUUGCCAUAGACAGUUCGCGAGACAAGAGGUUCGUGGGAAUGGGUCAGCCUUGCGUUGGAGCGAAACCUCAAACUGUGAUGUACCUCGACUAUACUCUGUCCUUGCUAUCCCUGCUCGGCGACCGUUCGUACUUCACGUACACUUGGAUCUCUGACGUCACUCACGAUGAUCUUAACUCUGCGGGCUACGCCGAUAUCCCGUUCAGAAGAAUGUUCGAGAACCUCGACGAGGCUGGUGUGAUGAACAGCUCUCUAGUCAUCUUCCUCAGUGAUCACGGCAUGAGGUACGGACCUCUUCGCACCACGCUCAUGGGGAAGUACGAAGACCGGCUUCCGUUCUGUUUCCUGAUGUUCCCCGCAUCUUUCAAGGCGAAACACCCGGAAGCCAUGAAGAACUUGCGCAUCAACCAGCAUCGAUUGACAACGCACUUCGACGUCCACGCUACGCUAGUGGAACUGGCAAAUCUACAGCUACCGAACGCAACCUACACGACGAAGCACGGAACUAGUCUCUUGCAUGAAAUUCCCGAAGACCGUACUUGCGAGGACGCGUCUAUCACCCCCCACUGGUGCUGUUGCCACGAGUCUGGGUCGCUACCCACGAAAAGCAAGCUGUCCAAGAGGUUGGCAAUAUUCCUUGUAGGUACAAUUAACAAGUGGCUGUCCGAUCAGGCACCUGGCAAGUGUAAGGCUCUCCGUUUGAAAAGCGUAACAGAUGUCCGGAAAGUUCUCGGUGGUGACUCAGCGGACGUAGACUAUUACUGGGUGACCAUUACAACGUUGCCUGGUAACGCAAUCCUGGAAGGUACCGUCGGCGUGAAUGAAACGGGGACGUAUUUCGUUGACAGGGUCAGCCGUCUCAACUGGUACGGGGGCCAAUCGAACUGCGUUAGUAUUCAUGCUCUAGAGCUGUACUGCUACUGCAAGCGAUGACAUAGGCGAAGCCGCAUGAAUGCUUCACGCUGAACGUUUCUGCCGUCACACUGCACAGGAUGCGCUGUCUGACAGGUAGACCUGGCAGGACGGUCCAAGAAACCGUGACUCGAUGUCGGUUGUUCACAAUGCCGCUGAGAUCCACGACGAGCUUCUGUUCAGACUGACCCACCGCUUGAUGUCAGAAGAAGAGUGACGGGCUAAGGUACGACACGAGGUCACGCUGCUUGAGUACUAUGAGCAAGGAGGUGAUGCCCCAAGUGCUUGAUCAGUGUUCUAUACAGCUAUGCAAAGAGCUUCCUCUACAGGGUAUUUUAGCAGCGUUGCACGUAGCUUGCCUUAUAUGCAGGUUUUCUUGAGUGGUGCGACCAUUUUGGACACCCUAGAACCAUCGCCCAUUUAUCAUCGUCCAUGAACCAUCGUCCAUCGUCACCAAGACCGCAGUGAAGACCGUCAGUAGGUCCUCGUUAUAACGAAACCGCUUUAUUCGAAGUUUUGCGCUGUCCCGCGUUUUGAACCUCCCAAAAUGGUACCGUUGGUGGUGCAUUUGGGAGAGCGAAACGAGGGGGAAAUUCUCCUUCCCAUCUAAAGUCUCCAUAGGACCCUUCCCGGAAUAUUUUUCUGGUGUCCAGCGCAUGUCAAAAGAACCCAAGGUGGUCCAAAUUAUCCGCAGUCCUAUACACUGCUGCAUGGUGCAGCGUGUCGACACACAAACAGGCUGACUCACCUUACGUGUAAAUCUGCAACUAAUUACAUUAUUUUUCGGACUAGCCACUGAACCCAGCUAAUGUCUUUUUUCUUUUUCGCGCCUCAGUUAUGUAUAAGGGUUGCCGAGGUGCUUAUCACCAAUAUUUGUUUCUUCUCGCGCAUUCUUUACUGAAGACUCCCACAGUGUCUCUGCGCGCCUCCGCCGCCGCAGCUUUUGUGGGACAUUCGCGUGUAUCGAACUGCCGCUUCUAUCGAAUUUUCCCCCGGUCCCGUUCGCCUCGUUAUAAUGAGGCUCUACUGUAUUUAGGUGUCGCGACCCAUUUGUCGAACCAAAAAGUUUUGCUGCCACGCUGUCUGCGAUCCGUGUCCUCGAUGCAAGGCCUACAACGUCGCCUGGUGCCUCUUGCUUUUGCACAUGCUCCUCUUCGUCGUGGCAAGAGUCAAAAAGAGAGGUCACGAUAAAAUUUUCUCUCAACCUG